GACAGUGCCGCCGCGCCGCCGCCCGCGCCGGUCUCUCCACGCGCGCACGCGCUCCCUAUAUCCAGUUCACGGCCGCUCUAUUAACAGACAGCUAUUUCGGCUCAUAAUAUUCUCCACGGUGGCGAGUGCUCAGUUUCGUGCGGGCAGGUGUGCGGACAUGCGACGCGGACGCGCCUGACCCAUGUGACCCGCGGCCAUGGAGCGCCGCCGUCGACCCGCGCGCCUCGACGUCGACCCCAUGACGAAAGUCACGCGACGCCGCGAGAAGCCGCGCGAGCGAUGGCUCCUCACGCGCAAGACCUGGAAGUACAUGUCCGACGCCGGCCGCCGGCUCAUCCCGGACGGCGCACAGAACAGGCCCGAGGACCUGCCCAGGAUAGAAGCGUACUUCCAGGACGUGUGCGCGAAGGAACCCCGGUUUCUGCUGUGGAGGAAGAGCUCCUAUCCUGGCGCCUUGCCGAAGCCGCGCCGGAAAAAACGCCCGCGAGGCGGCUCAGUGCGGGCUCGCUCGCCGUCCGACGACGCGCCGCCGCCGGUUAGACCAACAGACCUCUUCAUCGGUCACACUUCCGGAGGUCGCUUCGACAUCGCUAAACUCCGGCGAGAUUUCUUCGCCCCGCCCGCACCUUCUACCUCGGGAUUCAACUCUGGAUCAACAACUGCAUCAAAUGCAACAACAAAAGCAGAGGAAGCCGCCAAGCUAGCCGAGGAAGAAGAAAGCACUCUAGUCGAUUUACUGCGCAAGUACCUGAAAGUAGAAGAGGAUAAGGGAGUAACCAAAAGUUCAGAGAACGAGGAACUCAACAGAGCCUUGAGAAGGUAUCUGAAGAGGCAGGCGGACAAAGCACCCGCCGACGCUGACGCCAAUCCGUCCCAGAGAACAUUGCUGGAUAAUCUUAGCAGAUAUUAUUGUAGAUCACCGAAUAGGGAUAAUAUAGUGCAGGACAUAUUAACCGAUAGGAGUCUAUUAAAAAGACUGUAUCAUGAUCUUCGUAAAACGAAGCCAUAUAGGGGUGGCAGAAGUGGUGGUAGUGGCGGUGGUUAUAGACCUAGUGGAUUUCCCAGUGCGAGUAAUCUUGGGCGUGGUGGUUUGCGUACACAGACUCUUGGUGUGUCGCGGUAUGGUAGCGACGGUGAGGACUCUAUGCGGUCACCGCCCAUGUCGCCGCCGCCACUUAUCGAGGUGUGCGAAUUGCCUGAGGACAAAUUCGUGGAUUGCGGCACUCAAACCCUUCCUAUACCUGAGGAAGUUAUGUUGGAGAUAGAACGGGUUUAUCGGGAAAAACAGGAGGCAGCUACGGCUCCGACGAGUCCGACUAGCCCACCUCCUGAUAGGAAACCUGUGCGGCGACGCUCCAGCGUCGACCAUGACGACGUAUCUCAAUCGGUCAGCGACACAAUCAAACGGUAUUUACGAAUGGCUCGAAAGAAAAGCGUCGACGCUGACAAAGCUGAUCGUUUUAAGCGUAUUAACUACGAUAAAAAUUUGCGUAAUAUAAAACCUAAAACGCCCGGGGAUGUCGACGACGAUGGUCCACAUAAGGGCUGUCAGACAGAAGAAGGGUGGAUUUUGACGUAUAGGGAGUUGCAAUUUGCGUCUGUUGCGUCAACGCCGACAUCUCCACCAUCGCCCGUGUCGCCAUCACAGUCGCAAUCGUUUCUGUCGACGCUGUUAGGGAGAAGCGGUCCUACAGUGGCUCCUCCUGCAGGUGGCAUGCAGAAGUCGCGGUCGACGGGCAGCGUGGUGCUGCAGAGCGUCAGCAGGAAGCUCUUCCGCACAAGGAGUCGGAGCUCGAGUCGCGCCACCGCCUGGACACCUCAGGGCAGCUGUCGCUGGGUAGACAGCAGUGGGCGCAGCGUGCGACUCACCGAUACGUCUCUGCUCAGCCUGACGGAGGUGGAGCGGCGAGCGCUGCAGCAGGUAGCCCUGGCCAAGCUGCAGGAGAUGAAGUUGGGUAUCUCUAUCAAGAUACCAGAAGAGAACACGACGACCACAGCCACCACCAAGCCAAAGAGACGAGCCAUUCUUCUAAAGAAGAAGGCGCUAACUACGGGUUUCUUCGAGCAGACCAGGAAGGACGACAAGGACAAGGAUUCUCCUGGUGCAGUAUUCGGAGUGCCACUGACGCAGUGCGUAGAAUCAGAGAAAGCGCUUCGGAGACAACAGCUGUUGGGGUCCAGGGCUUCGCUAGCGUCUCUCAGCGCGCUAGAGAAAGGGGAAGAUAAUGAAUCCUGCGACUCCGGUGAUUGGGGCUGGGCGAGCAUUGAGGAGUCAGACGGCGGGCCCAAGGUGCCUGCUGUCGUGAACGCCUGCCUCUCGCACCUGCGCAGAUACGGUCUGCACACGAUAGGCCUGUUCAGGGUAUCGGCUUCCAAGAAGAGGGUUAGACAGCUACGUGAAGAGUGGGAGCGGUGUCAGACGUCCCCCCUGGAUCAGACGACGUGUCCCCACGACGUUGCGACGCUGCUAAAGGAGUUCCUGAGGGACCUGCCUGACCCGCUGCUCUGCAGGGACCUGUACCAGGCCUUCCUGCACACGCAGAAAAUCCGUAGCCGGCGCACGCAGUUCGAGGCUAUUCGGCUAAUCGUUCAGCUGCUCCCGGCAGCCCACAGGGACACCCUGAACGCUCUCCUCUCAUUCCUGGCGCAGCUCGCCACGCAUUCCGCGGACUCGGAGGACGACAGAGAACCCGCCGGCAACAAGAUGACCUCAGCUAACUUAGCCACCAUUUUCGCGCCGAAUAUCCUUCACAGAAACAAACCUAAUGAGCCGGCCAGUUCGGAGCAGCUCUCGGAGCGGGUGGACGUGAUCAACGUGGUGCGCACGCUGGUGGAGCGGCAGGCGGAGCUGUGGGCGCUGUCCGCGGAGACGCUGCACCAGGCGUACGUGCAGCUGCUGCAUACACAGCCCGCCUGUCUCGACGCCCUGCUGCACAGAAGAGUGGAGAGCGCGCCCGCGGAGCCCCCGGCGGCGAGCGCGGCGCGGCGCACGUGGUCGCGCGAGGAGUUCCUGCACGGCGCCGCCGCCACCGGCGGCCGCGACGCCAGGAACAGUGAGAAGACAUAUUCUCGUACGAGGAGAACGAGAGAAGCUUCGGAUACCUCUUCUGGGUCCAUAUCCUCAGCCAUGACCAUUGUCACCAGGCUCCGUAGCAGCGAAGGCAGCAGUGGCGUGGGCAGCGCCUCACACACGAGGGACUCCGCUGCUGACUCCAAUGACUCCGCAUCUGACUACAAUGAGACGGCGGGCGGGUCGGACGACGACAGCUGCGUGAUCAAGGGCUUCCUGCACAUCCCCGCGCCCGCGCGCGCGCGCCCCGCAGCGCCCGCGCGCCGCCGCUCCACCUCCGGCUCCGACACCAGCGCCAAGCGGGACUCCGCCGUCGGCUCCUCGCCUGCUUCAGCAGUGGGAUCAUCAGCGGCGUCAGCCUCCGCUUCCCCCUCGGGCGCCUCAGCCUCAGCUUCAGCGGCGUCGAGUCCCCCCGCCUCCCCCCCGCCCGUGCUGUCCUCCGCUUCCGCCGUCAGAGUGGUGCUGUCGGCUGCCGGCGAAGUCAGGCGGACAGCUAGACCAGCGGAUAUCGAUAUAGAUAGGCUUAUAUCGCUUGGAAGAGAGCGUAACACAUCUGAUGCCCGAGCAGUGGUUCUUCGUCAACAAGACGACACCAGCACUACUGCACGACGCAUAUCCAACCGUCAAGAGAUAAGAAGAGAAGAACAGUUCUUUAGAAGAGAGGAACAGAUCGCCAGGAGAGAAGGAGACAGCAGGAGAGAAGGAGAGAAUAGGAGAGAAGAAACGAAGAAAGAAGGCGCCACGCUGUAUAAAAGAGGAGAGUUAAUAUCUAGCGCGCGAUCGCCUACCACAUGACAAAAUUAUAUACGUGUUUUUAUACAUAAACGUCUAUUUAUCA